UUCUUCUUCCUCCUCCUUCUCUUCCCACCCCUCCUCCUCCCCUCCCCCAACAGAGCGUCCGACCAACCAAACGCCCACUAGUCAUGAGCCAGUCUACACAGCCGGGGUCGUGAGCUCUGGGCGGCCACUUCGGAGGCUAUUACCCGCCGGACUUCGUGUCGCAGAAGAAGGGACUAGUACAGAUAUUGGAGAUGGGGCUCUACGGUGUACCCCUCGUCGAGUACCCAUCUGUGGCAGUAUCGACGACACGAAAGAGGAGCUGAGGACAGAAUGGUGUCUCAGAGGCCACCAAUCAGCUGCCUUUUGGCCAUUCAUGAUGAGUUACAAUGAGUAUGGCCACGCCCCCAGGAACCCACCCAACUUCGACGGGGGCUUUACUCGCCAGCUCACGUAUUUCAUCAGGCAGAGGUACAUGAUCUUGCCCUACCUGUACACCCUCUUCUAUCAAGCUCACCUGAAUGGAUCACCUGUAGCGAGACCCCUCUUCUACGAGUUCCCUGGCGAUAUGGGUUCACGGGAGAUCUCGUCACAAUUCCUGCUGGGGGAGCACCUGCUCGUGUCUCCAGUGUUCCAGUCUCUGGAGAAUGGUACCAGCGUCCAGCUCAAAGUUCAUUUUCCUCCUGGCUGCUGGUACAAUUGGUACUCAGGGUCAAUCAUCUCGGACAGCUACAACGGCACGGACCAGACCAUCGCUACACUCCUCAGCGACCUUAAUGUGAACGUGAGAGGCGGCGCUGUCAUCCCCCUUCAAGGUAGAUUAGAGAACUUCAUCAACACCACAGCUGACGUGUCACAGCAGCCCUUCUACCUGCUUGUCGCUCUCACCUGCCCUUCCUCCACACCUAAUGACAUACAACAAGGAUUCAAUACCUCUGCUAAAGGUAUGUUGUAUGUUGACGACGGGAUUACACCUGUGGACCAGAACCCACCUGUAGAAAACCUGGAUAUGAAGGUAGACAACAACCAACUAUCCGUGACCCGCCUUCCUCCUCCUGCGGCAGGGAACCCGAAUGGCCUAUGCGACCACCCUACUAACCUUUCUACCUCCAUCAACAAAGUCAUUGUCUACGGCGCUCCGAAGGUGACCAAGUUGUUCGUGGAUGGCGCCAUACAUAACUUCACGCAGACGGAUGACACACUGGCUCUCCACAUAAAAGACAUCAACUACGACUGGUGUGUCUCCUCUCAGCUCAAUAUUACCUGGGUGUGAGGCUUCGAUCUCUACUUGUGGCAGGAGACGAGUUAAUGGUCAUCUGGUAAACAUCGUCUCAUCACCUGGAAAUAAUUCAUUAGAUAAUACUUUGUGACAUGUAAUUAUUAUGUAUAUUUUAGUAUAAUGAUUUAAUGAUAUGAUCUCGUCUUUAGUGUUGUGGUUGUGAUUAUAAACAAUUGUCAGACUUCAUAUAGCGAUUACACCUGUCUAUUACCUGAACAACAUAAGGUGUGAUAAUUUUUAAACUUAAUUAGUAUUUGUAUAUUAUCUUCACUAUUUAAAUGUUUGUAGACGUACCUGUACUUGUCUUUAUACCUGGACCUUCACUUGUUGUUUUUUGAAUUUACAAAUAAAAUUAAUUACUUAAGAAAA